AUGUUUACUCCAUUUCCGGACAGUCAGUUAGGUACAGAUCACGUUGUUCUUACUUAUUGUCGUUAUAACGCUAACUGCAUCUUAGCGGUAGUGGGUGUGACAGACGAUUCUACGAAUGUCACUGUUGUGUUCCCCUCAAACUUCAAAGGUGUUCUGGAACUUGACGGCAAAACAUACGUGGCAGGAGAAGAAUUCCAUCUGACUUUAUUCAAUCUUCAAACCUUUCAGCUGCUGUCGAAGGCCAAUCUUUCUGGAGUGAUUGUGAGAUCCAACAACAAGGUUGGAGUAUUUGUAGGAGCAGACCGGACAAGUGUUUCCAACACGUAUGGACGGAACCACUUGGGGGAGUCGCUGCCUCCUGUUUCAUAUUGGGGGAAACAAUACAUUCUGGUUAGAAGAGGAUCUGAUGCGGUUCAAAUAGUAUCUUCAACAGACAACAACCAUGUUAACAUCACAACAUGUGAUAAAACUCUGAAAUACGUCAUCAAUCCUAUCCAUGACAUAAUAGAAUUUCAGAUGGAAUGUCCAUUUUGCCAUAUUUCCUCAAGUAACCGUAUUCUAGUGGCUCAGUUUAUCAAGUCGACGGACAAUAAUGAAAAUCCAUCUUUAUACUUCCCCACACCAGUGAUUUUCUACAGUAAAUCCUACGCCGUCACUCCUCCUCCUAAAUCGUACACACCUUGCCAGGUCGGUCUUGUUGCCAGGAUGGAUGACCUCGUGGACAUAGCAGCUCAGCUCACAGGUGAAAGUGUAUCCUGGAUAAAUGUGUCGUCAACAGGCUUCGCUGUCACCACAGUAGUAUUACAAUCAGAGAAAACACUCAUUGUCCGAUCGAAGAAUGAACCGUUUGGGGGACACCUGUCGUGCGAGUUGAGAAAAUACAUGAUAGCGAGCACGCGCCUGGCAUCAAAUAGCAGUAUUGUGGAGGUAGAUCGGCUCUUAUAUAUUUCUUUCAAAGUUUAA